GUUUGAUAUCAUGAUUGUUUCCUGAUUUUAUGGUGUAUUGUUUUCCGAGAAUAACUAAGUGAAUUUCGUCAAAUGGCUUGCUUAGCCAAUUUGAGACAUGAUAUACGCGUUCUCGAAACGAACUUUCCUAAGACACACAAUCGUUUUCAAAUAAGAACAGCAACAGUCGAUGAAAUAACCUGUCGUUUUAUUGGCAGAAAUGGUGAACGAUAUGAUGUUCAAGCCAACAUAACGGUAUGCUGUUCAGUGUCAGUUGUCAUCAGUUGUUAUUGUUUAACAAUGAAAGUGACUAAACAAUUCUUAACUUAUUUUUUUUUUAGACUUAAUUUUUGUUUAAAGUUAAAUUUAUAAAAUUGGUCCAUACCAAGCAUACAGAACUAUCAUGUCCUAUAAUCAAAACUUCAUAAAUUAAUGUAAGAUAAACUGAUCAGUCACAUAAUUAAGAAUAAUAGAUUCUUUAACUUUAUAGUAUUAUUAUUAUUAUAAUUAUGAUUGUAUCCAAAUAAGUGGACUUUUUAAAAUUACUUUGUAGAUAUUCAUUUUCGGCACAUAGAUUCAUUUAUAAAUGCUUAUUUAAACCAAGAAUGUAAACACAAGAUAUCUAGCCCUAGGCACCCUAGCAUAGAAAUCAGCCGUCAAUGAACUCAUUCACAUUGCCUUGCCUUUGCCUUUAGUCUUUAGUCCUUGCCUUCAGACUUUGAUGGGCUUUAGUCAACAAUAAUUACUUAAUUAGUGAUCAUUUAGAUUUGGUGAAUGCUGGGGAGCAUGCUAGUAAAUUUGUACAGAUUGGGGAUCAAAUUAAAUAGAUUUUAUGUCUUUCGGUUGUUACUUUAAGUAGAGAAAGAAUUCGCCCUGCUACUGCUUGAGUUUGAGCCGAUGUCUUAGAGUUAUCUGUGAUGAAUAGGGUGGGAUGUUUCAUCCAAACUCAUACAGCAUCACACUAGGCAUAUUUUUUCAAAUAGUUCUUCAAGUCAAGGAUGUUUAGUUUGUGUGAUAUUACUAGCUUUCUUGAUUAGUCUAUUUAAUCGGUGCUUGAUUUCAGAUGAUCAAUUCCCACACCAGCAGGUAAUAAUGAAAAUUAGUAGACUUCCAAUUGUUGCACUACAGAAUAAGUUAAUAACUUUUUUGUUUACGCCAAAAUUGUACAAUUACGUACAAAGAUAGAAAUGUCUUUGGCUUACUUUUUUAUGCAGAAUUUGGAUGUGUUCAUGCCAUGUCAGCUUACUAUUAAUGGUGCCACCUAAGUAAUUAUACUUAUAUGUCUCUACUUACUCUAUAAUGUGAUUAUUUAUUGUGAGAUCUGCAAAUGGGUGAUUCCCACUCCAGAAAAUGACAAGCAUUUGUUUCAUAUUUGAGACUGAAGAAAAUUUUCAUUGUACCAACUGAUAACGCUUGAAACUAAGUUGGGGUAAAAGCAUUUCCUUUCAGAAAUUAAGCCAAAGAUGGUGGUAUCAUCAGCAAAUUUAAUGAUGCAACGGUGUUACUUGGGCUCUGGAUAUCAUUGGUAUAUAUUGUGUACAGGACAGGGGAGAGAGAGCAAAGUUGUGUCGCUGCUGUACUUAUUUCUCUAGUUAAUGAUAUUUGGUCAUUCACCUUGACAUAUGGCGAUUUGUUAAAAAGUUCAGUAUCCACGCUUGAAUAUUUGAAUUAAUACCUAAUGACGAAAGCUUUUUAAUCACAAGGUGUGGUUUGGAUAUUGUUAAAUGCUGAUAAGAAGUCUAGGAAAUUCACCCUAGCAUAUUUUUUAGGACUGUCUAGGUCUUUCCAAUAAUAGUAAGAUGGCAUCUAAGGUACUUCUGACAGAUUUACAAGCAAAUUGGUGGGGUCAAGUUUAAGCUGUUCUUCAUUUAAAAUUUGUCUGAGGAAAAGUUUCUCAAAAUAUUUCAUUACAUUAGAAGUAAGUGUGAGAGGACAUAAGUCGUGGUUGCCAGUGACUUUAUUUUUCUUUGGAUCUGGUAUAAAUUCUGAGUUUCAUAAGAUUUAUUAUAUAUGUAACAAACAAUGUGAGAGGGCUGUUCUGAGCAGAUCCUCAUCCUUUUAAUAUGUCUGGCACUGAGGCCUUGGCUGCAUUCACUUGUUUAAAUACCGACAUCAUGUCCUAUUCAGUGACAAUAAUUGAUCAUGGUGUGUAAUACUCCUAUCAUUAAAAGAAAUUUUAUAAUGUGCAGAUUUACAAAAUCAAAAGUGUCAAAACUACAAAAAAAUUCAUUUCUUCUUCUUCUAUAUUUUUAGGGUCCACGAUCAAUGCAUUGAUCAUUCUGGCUCCUAAGUCAUUUACAAAAUUUUUCACAUCCUUAACACAUGAGUAUUCAUGCUAAGGUAUAUAAUAUAUAACCUGUUAUUUGUUUGAGUCCAGCCCAAAAGGCCUUGGAGUUGUUUAUAAAAUUCUUGUUGGCUAGUCUUAAAUAUUUUUUUCUUGUGGAGUAAGGCCUCCCUUAUUUCUCUGCUCAUCGAAGGUUUUGUUAUUUUUUAAUACUUAGAUUGUUUUUAUGGGAAUAAUUAAAUUUAUACAGAAUUUUGUAAAUAUUUUGACGGUGUUUGAGUUCAUAAAUAUCUGGGCAAGUGUUUAUUAAAGUAUCACAAUCUGUUCUUUCCAGGCAGCCUUGGAGUUAUUCUGUCGCCUCAUCUGACCAUAUUUCAAUAGUUUUUGUUUGAGUAUUGUUGUUUUUAAAACUGGUUUGUAGCACGGCUUUAGGCAAACCAUUGUGUGAUCAGAUUCUCUUAGUGGACAUAAACUGUAAAAUGUGUUAGCCUUUUUUUAUACUUCCAUAACAUAUGUCUAGAGUUCUGUUUUUUCAAGUGGGGCAUGUAACAUACUGGGUUUUUGUCUGCAGAUAUUUAUUAGUACUACUACUGGACUUACACUUUGACUUACAGUUACUUGCCCAGGCGUAGUCAUCAAUUUAAUAUUUAGUCUUAGACUAGAAACUUGUUACUUAGACCUACUCUUUAGCCAGGCCCAGCUUACUUCAUACAACUGACAUUCAUUAGCCUAGUUAAUAAGUUUAAGGCCUACCACUCAGUUGCCUAAAUAAGCUCUACUAAGAAAAUGGGAUUAGUGAAGACAUAUAAAAUAACCUCUAUUAUGGUCAGUGUAUUGGCCUUGUGUAUAAAGUCUAACUUAUGAGUAAGUUAUAAGUAUUAGUAAGUCAGUAGGCCAGAGUCUUCUUAGACUGAAGGUUAGGCCUUACUUAUAGGAAUUACUAGUUUUAGGCACUGGCAUGGUAUUAAUAUUAAUUGUAUUAAUGGUAUGAUUGUGAAUUGUAGCUCAUUAAUUGGGGCAUUAAGAUGAUUAGCCCCAAUAGGCUUACUAUUUAGGCUAACUUCAUACCUUUUUCAUUUUUCUUUAUUUUCAUAUCUAAACAGUUUUCACUAAUCCUCUACUCUUAAAGAUCCAAGUAUCCAAAAGUUUACAUUAAAAUGAAAAAAAUAAUGUGCAGCAAAAUAUAGAGGGGAAUAGCACUAGGCAAGAUUCAUAAAGAGAAUAAAGCUCUUUCAUUUCCCACAAAAUUGGGCAUAAGCUGAGAUGUGCACUUGACUAAUGGCUGCUUGUCCAAGUUCAAUAAAAUUUGACAUCACAAGGACAAAUUAUACAUUGACUUGAGAGAGAAAAUUUAAUUGCCAUAAUGCUACUUAUACCAGCAGUAUAUUAACAAUUUACUGUAUUUUAAUUGAUUUUUUCAUUGUCUUUAUAUUCUUCCAGUAACAUGUGUUUCCUAAAAGUUUGUAAAUAAAAUUUGUUUUAAUAACUAAAAGAAUAUUUUCUCUUUCCAGGAAACUUAUCCUCAGUCCCCUCCUAUUUGGUUUAGUGACAGUGAUGAUGUGGGAGUUGUGGGUAUAGUAGGGGAAUUACCAAAUACCCCGAAAGAACAUUAUAAUGUAAGUUAUUCACAUUAAUUGGAAUAAAAUUUGACGUAACAAAUAUCAUAAUCAUAAUAGUAAAGCUGGUUAUAUUUACUAAGUUAAUUAAGAAAUGUUAUUUGUAGUUGAGUGGUUAAUACAUAACUGUACAGUUAAAAGAAAAGUACAAUAAAUUGUUAAAUGUCAGACUUAAUAUGUUCAAGUGUCUCUAGAACUUUCACACCCAAUACUGCACUUCUAAAAUGAUGCAAAUUGUAUAAAUAAUAAAAUAGUCAAUUUUAGAGGCUUUCCAUUGUAAUAUAUGAAGCUGGGGUAAAAGAGGGUUCUGCUUGUAACUAAGGAUGUUAUGUAUAAUAAUGUUGAAAGUUUGUUUUUUCCAGGUUAAUAUGUUCAUGGGCUUCAACUAAUUAAAAUAUUUAUGUUAUUCAAGUGCAUGGUACUGCACUGAAAAUAACAAUGUCUAAUUGUGUUUUUUUUCUUCUUCUCAUUUGUUACCACUUUCAUUUGUGUGUGUACCCUCCAGAUAUUGUACCAAACAAAAUUGCUUAUAGAGGGUUUAUGCAGACUUCAUGAACUAGAAGUGCCUGUUGAAAUCAAUGCCCUAGACGAUGCCUUGUCCAAAAGAGUUUGUAUUUUAAAUGAAUUUUAAUAUAAAUGAGGCCCAUUAUUUUAUUUCUUUAGUACAUUUAAUAAUUUUAAAUUCAUUUGGUUGUUUUGGGAAUUUCAGCUAUUUGCUAGACCUUAAGUUAAAACCCCCUAAAUCUUGGUACAGACAUAUUUGCUAUCAAACAGCAGGUUUUAAGUACAGCUUUGAUAAAAUAUCUGGCUUUAUUCUUCACCACUGUGCAUUUGUUUGUUUUUAGGGAAUUGUUGUAAAGAUGAAUGUUGAUCCAGUCUCAGAAGAUGAAGAUGAGGAUGAUGAAUUUCACUAUGACAUGGAAGAGGAGACCCACAGGUGAGUUAAUGAAAACUAUUUUUAUUCCUUUUGUAGUCCAUUCUGCAUUGUAUCAGCUGGUCCUUUUUUUUUAAAGACUAGCAAAUUAUGCUGUAGAGCACGGGUGGCCAACACAAAUGGUUUCGCUGGAAAUUAGUGUAAGUGAAAUCUUCACAGGCCAUGGGUCAUUACACAGUAUAAGUUAAAUAUGUUCCAGACAAUCCCUGCACUGAAUUAUUUAUUUAUUUUUAUGCAUGUAAUGAAAUGGCAAAAGCAGAGUAAAAACUAAAUCAUUGUCAUAAUUGAUUAUUAUUUUUUUCCUUACUUAACUUCAAAAUCUAUUUCUUUGUUUUUGUAGCACAUCUUUACUGAUUUUGUAAGUUUUCAUCAAAUAAUAAGAACAGGAUUUGCUUUUUGUGAAUUUCCUUUUUUUUUAAAAAUGUAACAUGUGAAACGAAAAGCAUUUAUAAUUAUUUUUGCUAAAUAUUGGGAUUUUUUUUUAAUAUGAUGAAGAUAUUACAUGAGUGUUUUAUACAUUUAAUUUUGUUGUUUUAAAAAAUGUGCUUCAGCUCUGUAUUAAACAGUAGGUUACCAUUGUAAACUAGUUAUCCCGCUUUACCUAUCUGGGUUUUAAAAUUACAUACCCCAACAGACCAAUAUUUUCAACAACCCCCCCCCCUUAAAAUGAUUUAUAAUAAAAGCUACUAGACUUUUAUUGUGAUGAUGGAUUGACUUCAAAUUGUGCUAAAAUGUGUGCUAUGGAUAAUAAACAACAAGCCUUAGCCCUUAUUAAAAUCAAGAGGGUUAAAGGGACCAUCUCCUAUGCUGUGGUAGACUGAUGCUAAGACAAGUGCCCCCCCCCCCCCCCCCCCCCCCUAAAAAUAAUAAAUCUUCAAAUCGCCCCCCUCCCCCCCCCCCUUCCCGGUGAUACAAUUAAUAAUAGUAAUGGACUACUAACACAAAAAUUUAGAUUGAGUUAAAUAAAAUUGUAUUACCAUUGACUUUUGUUUACUUGUUGGUCUGUUUGUGUACAUUUUGCACAGGAGCCCAGGGACAUGGAUAUUUAAUGAUCAGAUGCAAAGUAGUGAUUCCAUUUUAAGAUUUUCAUGAACAUUAUGGACGUUAUCAUCACUUUGAAAUGAAAAUGUUCUAAAAUUUUGUUAUAUUCUUUUAGCUCUAUUUCAUGGCAUAUUCUGAAAAAUUCUAGCUCGUAAUCAAACUGUUCAACAAAUUGAUUUAAUAUUAACUUUAAACAUUUUCUUUUCCAUUUUUUAAAAAUGAUUCAUUCACCCAUUAAUGUACAGUUAUCACAUCUACCAGUGCUGCACAGGGCUACAUGGGCUGUAGUGUAACUACACCCACUGCAGUUGUUGGAGUUAGUGUGUCGUACAUCUAGUACAGAGUAUAAAAAGAUUCCAAAGUUUACAGUUAAAUCAAUGCAUUAAAUGAAUGGUAAAGAUUUCAUUGAGACAUAAUAACUCUGAUUGUUUUAAAAAUAGAAGUAAAAUUCAUUAAUUUCAAAUUUCCAUUCAUAAAGAAAAAAUGCAAAGAAACUCAAAUGAUGACAGAGAAAUUUUAUUUGUGAUACAUCAGUCGGGUCACAUUACUUCACCUGCCUCGCUGUGGGUUGGCCAUCCCUGUUUUAGAGCUUCAUUGAACAAAACAAAUAGAUACAUACGUUAUAAUUUGAAUUAGGUCGUGAAAUUAAAUUUAAAAUGUUUUAUGGUAUAUUUAUCUCUUAAAAAUUAUGUCCCAUGUAACUAAAUGUAAGUGGUCUUAAUUUUUUUAUUUCUUUUUCUCACAAAGUCAGGGUUUAGAGUAUAUUUCCCUUUUGUGAAAAACCAAGUUGUAAGCCAAAGUUAUAGUCAUCAAGAGACAGUGACAUCAAUUUUUUUAAUAAGAAACUACAUUCCUAGAAGUUUCUUUCCUAAUACUGAUCAUCUUGUUUUGAUUUGUUUUUGCAAUCUGCCUCUUUGACUUUCAUAUCCUUUUAGGUUGUUAGCUGCAUGGUUCCAGUUUUGCUUUAAGACAUAUUCUUGUUACAAUGACAAUUUUAAAAAUUAACCUUUAAAAAAAAACAUUAACCAGUACUGAACAGAAAGCUAAAGAAGAGGUGGAUGGCAUUGAUGUUGAGAACCUUGCUGUCCUAGAGCGAUUAAAACAGAAUCAAAGGCAAUCUUAUCUCAAGGUCUGUAUUCUUAUGCAAAUAAAUCUUUUGGGUACACAGAAAAUUGUUUGCAAGUCUACAUAUAUAUAUAUAUAUAUAAACAAACAAAAUUUAUAUGAAUAAAUCCGCUCCGUUAUUUUUGUUUCUAAAAUUUUAUAAACAUUUUUAAUCAGAUAAGUGACAAGUUGUUUUUUUUAAAUUGCUUUUACUCUUUUUUUUUUCUACACUACAGGGCUCUGUUGUUGGAUCAGUGCAGGCUACAGACAGACUAAUGAAAGAGCUGAGAGACAUAUACAAAUCUGACAGUUUUAAAAAGGGUAACUAAUGAUAAUAAUUAUUUUAUGAAUAAAAUUUAUAAAUUAUAUGUUUGAUCUAUUGUUUCAGGAAAUAUUUAAUUUGGUUGGUUUCUGUCUUCCCUCUUCCAGGGUUAUAGUUUUUUUUAUUCUGUGCUUUUCUCUUCCAUAAGAAAAUCAGCCUAGCUUAGCUUUUGAGUGAUUUCAAUAAGCCAAUAGUCCAUAGCGCUGGACAGUUCCAGUAGCCUGUUGAUAUCUCAACACUAUUGUCUUUAGGUCUCAUCCAAUUUUUGUAUGUUUUAUUUAAGAAAAUAGCAGCGUUACAAAAAAAUAAACAUAAUUUAAGGGAUAAAAAAAAUUAAUUUUUAUGUAUUAAUUGUUUAGUUAUUUAAGUGUGAAAAUCAUAGUUCUAAUCAUAAUUAAUUUUUAUUUCAUGUUUUUAAUGAAAAAUUAUGAAUGUUUUUUUUUUUUUUUACUAAAUAGCAUGUUUUAUAAAUACAAUAAUUUAAUUCCAGACAAUUUGUUUAAUCCACAGAGACAUACACAAUUGAACUAGUCAAUGAUUGUCUAUACGAAUGGAAUGUACGAUUAAAAAAGUAAGAUUAUCUUUUCCUAUAACGGGGUCACCAAACUGCGAUCCGCUGGCGGUACUUGAACUUGCUUGAUAAAACGUAUGGAGCAUGAGACGUGAUACAAUUUAAAUAUUAUGUUUAGAAUACAAGGAUAUCUUCACCCGUGCUGAGACCUCCUGGCUGCUAUGCGCCUUAAAUUUACCUUUUUCAAUUUUUGUAUCUAGAUUUUCUUGUUUAUUACAGACCUCUUUACCCUCAAACUUCUAAAAUCUUACAAUAGCAUCUCAAAAUUGUACAAUACGGUAUCUUAAUAGUUAAUAAAUUAACAUACAGUAUGUAUAAUGAAUACAAUAACUACUCGCAUCGCAGUGCCUAGUGGAAUCGAGUUAAACCGGCAUCAAAAAAGCUAACUACUAAAAAUAUAUGACCAACGUUUAUAAUACAAUCUGCUGUCACUUUUUUUUUUUGCAGACAUGUAUUUGCUAUUGAUAUAAAUAUAUAUAUAUAUUGAAGAGACAUACAGAUCACAUUAUCACAGUCUGUCACUGGUAAAAAUAAAGUUACUAGUAAAAGUUAACGUGAUUCAAACUCAAACUGAGAAUAAAACAAGAUGUAUUUAAAUAAGAAUGAAUUAACAAAUGAUGACAUCAUUUAAAAAAUCUACCAAGUAACUUGAGGUUGUUGUUUUAAGUAAAGCUGGUUUUAAAAAAAUGAUAAAAUAAGAAUCAAUGUCCAUCAAGCCUAUUCCCGCUAUAUAUAUUAUAGUCUGAUAUCUACCACAAACUGUAAAUGGGUGAAAGGAAGAGGAGUGUUGGAAACAUAUGGGGAAAUUAAAAAUCGUAGUCGCCGUCGUUGGAACUAACAGCCUUUCAGCAAGUUCAGUUUUGCGAAGAAUAGAAGAACUUGGAGGGAAUACAGUGCUACAGAUACGUGAGAAAGCUAGGAACUUGUGGUGGUACUCUCUAGCACUGGAUAAGUCUACUGAUCUCUCACAAAUUCUCGUGUUUAUUUGCGGUGUCAUUUUGGACUUUCAGAUAACGGAAGAGUUGGCAUCUGUUUGCAGCAUGCAUGGAAAAACUUUUGUCUGUGAGCAAACAUUUUCGAAAUAAAGUAUGUGAAGUCAACACAUCGAACGAGAGGGAUUGAUGAACAUUUGAAAACAAUUCUUUUGAUUGGAUGCAGCAAUUCCAAACCAAAAAUUAAUUACUAUCUUGAAAGCCAAACGUCAGUUUCACAAAUCUCACUAACCUUUUUUACUGCUUAGUUUGUGAGAUUCGAAUAUGUGCGCACUAGGACUGAUGUAACUAUCAUUUUGCUAACACCGCUUUCUUUGAUAACUUUUAUAUGUUGGUUGUCUUUUCUUUUUUUAAUUCCACGCCAUUCACCCAUAAUUAACAUGGAAUAAUCAACUUAGUUUUUCGUCUUUUUUCCCAGAGCUUUUUUUGUGGCUUGCAAGUAUUGUUUCCGUUAUCCAGCAUGCCGUGAAAAAAGUUUGGUGCCCCCUUUCCUAUAACAAGCAGCUGUCAUUAGAGAUUAAAAUGCAUAUUUAUUUUGAUACUUGUCUUAAUUUGAAUGUGUGCAGUAUUCAUAUGUGAUAAUUUAAUUAAUUAACAACAAGACACAGACAUUAAUGGUCAAGACUUUGGCUUGAUUUUGGUAAAGAUUUUGGUAUAGAAAAUAUCCUUGUGUUGAACUUAACUAUAUUUUUUUAAAGUAGCUGUUCGCUUUCGUCUCUGCGGAAGCAUCAUUAUAAAGAUACACUUUAUUCAAAAGAGACUUUGAAACAUGACUCAAAUAGAAAUUUAUUGUAACAAAUACAGCUCUCAUCCCAGGGUGUUAUAUUUAGAGCAUGUUAUAGUUUCCUUUAAAAUUUUAAGAAGGUGCAAUUAUAUAUGACUGAAUAUCCCCUUCUUAUACAACUUUUACAGUUUUUGGAAUUUAGAAGUUCUUAUCUGGAAUGUAAAUGACUUUUUAAAGCUAAACAUUACUUUUCCUUUUUGAAUGAUUUUAUACUCGAGUAUUUCCAUAUUCGCAUUGCUUGUUAUUUCUUAUUGCUAAGGGUGGACAAAGAAAGUGAAUUGUACAAAGAUAUGACAGUUUUCAAGGAAAAGGAAGGAAAAGACCAUAUACUUCUCAAUUUCACGUUCAAAGUAAGCUUGUACUUUACUUUUGUUUAUGCAUUUUUGAAAUAUCCAUCUUUAUAAUAUUCUAAUACCAUGUUCUUCAAAUAGUUAAUAAAUAUAUACCACAGCAUAGAAUAAAACAGAAAUCAAUGUCAGAUGUAGCCUCUGAAGAGUAACACAACCUACCAGACAGACAGAAGAAUUACAAAUCAUAUCUAAAGACUAACCCCUAACCAACGUUGUAAACAGCUUACAUCAGGACAGAUCUAAUUGAACUGACAGAGAUUCAUAACCCAUUACAUUUAAUGAUAGUUGCAGAAAAAGCCAUAACCACGUGGCGUUCUCAGCAACAUUUAUGAAGCAUAAGCAACUGCCAUUAAAGCAUCAUUACACCACCUCUCUGCAAUUUUCUCAGCUUACUCCAGAAAACAAAGCAAUGUCAUUAACUUCAAUUGCCAGUCAAUAAUUCAAGCAGUUGAGCACACGAAGAACUUACAACACAUAGCAGCAGUAGUUCAGCGCACCAAGAUCUUACAAUACACAGCUGCAUUUGAACACACCAAGGACAACGGUAACAUUAAUACUUAUGAAAAUCAACACCUUCCUUUAAAUGGUAACCUCUGCAGUCAAGCUGACCUUACAAUUACAGUGGACACCAGACAUCACAAUGUAUUAGGAAAUGAAAGAGCAGGCAAAAUAGCAAAACAGGGAGCAUCCAAUGAACAGCAAAGCAGAGUCGCAUAGCUCAGCGCUGCCAGUCAGAGCUAACAAAAUAGAAGAGCGAUUAAAUGAAUGGGCCGUGAGCUCAAUAGGAAGAUGUUUGUUUACAUACAUGACCAGCCCAGAUCCUCCAUUCCAGUUAAUGCCUCCUUUGGCCUGCCCAUAGUACACAUACAGCUUAUUUCACACCUUAACCAAAUGUAACCAGAUAGAACACCUAUAUGCCCCAUCUGCAGACAUCCAAAUGAGACAGUAACAUGUCACCUCUUUCACUGCACAGCACUCGAUUACUUAUUCCUUACUGGCCUACUAAAAAUAUCAGACUACACCAACACCUUAUAAACGGACAAAGAACAGCUGAUGAGAGUGUGCACAUUUUUCACCACAUGAACAGGUCAAAGGGCAACUACCCAAAUGGCUUCUGGAUAUGUGUUAUGAUACAUUUUACAUUAAUUUUUACUUAUUUGAGUGACUUGACAAAUUUAUUUUACAUCUUUCCCAUACGUCCUGUCAAAAUGUGGCACCCCAAAAAUGUGGCACUCCAUUUAAAAGGGUUGACCAGCCAUAAAUGUCAAUGUUGAAAUGAAAGUACUGUCAAUUAAUUUUAUUUUACUGGAUUAUUUUAUUGUAGCAUAUAAAUAUGCCACAUUUAGUUUACGUUUAGUCUUAAUGUUAUCUUAGAAAAUGUUUUUUUUUUUUUUUUUUAGGAAACCUUUCCUUUUGACCCACCAUUUGUAAGAGUGUUUUGUCCUGUNGAGUCGGUUAUUUUAUAAAUAUCAGCAAAACUGGUCAAGGGGAAGGCCCGCAUCCAAUUUGGGGGAACAAAAGUAAGCCUUAUUACAUAACUUCAAGUUAUUUAAUUUUUAAAGAAGCUUUUUUUUUUUUUUUAAAUCUCUCAAAACAUAGAAAUUAUAAGUAAUGAGCAUAUUUUAAUAUCCACAGAAUGUGACCAUUUUGAGCUUUAUAUAGUAUAGAGUAAAAGGAUAAUUUGUAUAUAUAUGUAUAUAGAUGACUCCUACUUACAGCACUUAAUACUUACUUUUAGUUUAAUUAUUUGCCAAAGGCUUCAAUAGAUGUGUUAUUAUUUUGUGUAAAGGUUGUAAGUUGUAUGAAUUAACUAAAUGAAGUAUGAUCAUUUUAGAGCUGAAAAGAAAUGGCUAUUUAUGUUUAUUUGCAAGGCUGUUAUUUAAAUAUAUGAAUGACCUUUGUUAAAGUCAUAGGCUGGGGUAAAAUAUCAAAUGGUUAAAGUUCUAAUAUCUGCAUCUCAUCAAGUAAUGAUUGUUAAAACAAAAAUUGUUGUCUUUUUAUGCAGAAUCAAUAUACCCUGGCAAGAGCACAACAGUCUUUCAAAUCUUUGGUUCAGAUUCAUGAAAAGAAUGGUUGGUUUUAUAGUGUUUGUUCUCCAACAUUGUCUCAUCAUUUUCUUUCUUGACAAUAAGCUUGUAAAACAGUGACCAGGCAAACAUUAAAAUGCAAUAAUAAUUAUAAUUUACAUUUUAUUCUCAAAAGGCUUGGUAUUCUCAAUAACUAAUUGGUAAUUAGUUUAUAAUUUUUUUUUUUAAAAUACAAUUAUUUGCAUGCUUUGUUUUCACUUUGUUUUAAAUAAACUAUUUCUCUUGUAUUUAUUUUGUUAAAAAUAUGUAUUGUUUUUUGUUUUGUUUUUUCAGGUUGGUUUACACCACCUAAAGAGGACGGUUAACAUUUUAUUCUUUUUUUUUUUUUAAUAUAAAGCUGUAAAGAUUAUGUGUACAUAAAUUUUCUGUUGAUAUUUCACAGUGUACAUUUUGUGUGUGCGAAUGUGAACAAUGGUAUUAAUGCUUAUGCACACAGUCAUUGUGGGGAAAAUAUUGUCAUAACAUCAUAUGUAAUAUUAUAUUGGAAUAAAAUUGUGAAAGGGGUGGCUAGAAUAUGAACUAUUUAAAAGUUUAAUCAGCCUUUAAUGACCGGAGUGCUGUUAGUUUUUUUCUUUGUUUUUUUUAAACAAAAUCUCCAACCUUGGGUCUGAUCCUUAUUGCUCCUAAUGAGAGGUAUUUGAGAAUGUAUGUAGUUUUCAUCAUGUGUCAUGUUUUUUCAGGGUUAACUGCUAUGUUGGGAUUCGGCCAAGUUAUCUCAUUUCAUUAGUACGACUUCUUGACAUUUUUUUUCAAAUUGCAUAAGUUGCACCUUUUUUUUUUUACUAAUAAAAAAACUGGAGAAGCUGUGUGAAUUUCAUUAUAAAAAUUAUUAAAAAAAAAAUACAAAUGGAAAGUUUAGUGAACUUAGAAAACAUGCAUUUAUUUUAUUUUAUGUAUUGAUAUGAGGAAAAUAAAGGUGGUUGGGAGAACGGGUAAACUUUCAGAAAUCUCUAUUUUACUUUUAUUUUCUAUUAUUAAAUUAAGGAAAGAAUAAAGAACAUUUGAACCGAGAGGCUUCAGAAGCACAUUUAUAAAGCUUCAACUUCUUGUCAACUUAGAUAUUUUGUUUUAAUAGAGCUACUGAAAUCUUAACAGCUGCGGACUUUUAAUCAUUUAAUAUAAAAAGGGUCCCAAGUUGUAUAUGGUUAUGUGUGUUGUCAGAAUUUAAGCAAUAUACAACUUUAUUACAUAAUGUAUCAGUUUUACGGGAAUAGAUUGGUGGUUGGGGGGGGGGGGGUUGUUGUGAUGAUGGCUACAGGGGUGUUAAAUCUCUUUCCUCCCUAUAUUGAUUUGUGUUGUUUUGGAAUGGCAUUUUCUUACAGGAAACUUCGAACAUAAAUCGGUCAGUUUUACGGGAAUAGAUUGGUGGUUGGGGGGGGGGGGGUUGUUGUGAUGAUGGCUACAGGGGUGUUAAAUCUCUUUCCUCCCUAUAUUGAUUUGUGUUGUUUUGGAAUGGCAUUUUCUGACAGGAAACUUCGAACAUAAAUCGGGUAUAUUAUCCUGUUAGUUUGCAAAAUUUUAAUUUCCAUAAUUGUCUCCUUUCUCUACAAGGGUUUCAUUUUGGCCAAAACUCUGGAACUUCUUUUUAACUACUUUAAAGACCAUUGAUAAACAUAUUAUUUUUUUAUGGCCUAAUGUAUGUGCACAAGGAUAUGGGCGUAUUUGAAACUGCCAGGCUUUAUUUCUAUAAAUUAUUUAAGUUACAGUUGCUACAGCCUGCUACAGUUUUGUUUAUUUUUCUAUGUACCUUAUUUGUAAAGAAAUUAUUGUGAGCAUUUUCAUUUUAAAGGUUUGUUUUCAACAAUAAUGUCUUUAAUUUUUCAUCAAUCAUGUAUUUACAAUAUGAUACGUGAGACUAAUUCCUCUUGAUUGAAUAACCUAUCUGUAUUUGAACAAAUUAAAUAGUUGAAAUCAAUAGCUGUUGCUUUUUAUUACAGAUGUUGAUUAUGGCAGGAUAUAUCGGCUGAUGUUUUAUCAAUGCACCUUUGAACUACUAAUCUGCCAGCUUGGCUGGUUUCACCUAGAACACCCAACUGAGAUGUAAAACUAACAUUUUUUUUAUCAUAAGGGAGUCUUUGAAUUAAUUCUAGAGCUUUGCAAGCAGUGAAUCUCCAAUGAGGGGCAUGUUUCUGGGCCGCUUGUCUCAGUCAUAGUAAGAAAUAGGCGAAUAGGCACUAGAAAAUUGGAUCGAAAUAAACUUAAUCGGGCUGUAAACAUGAAACAACUUGCUAAAUCACAAAGACUCACCAGACACAGCAAGGUGAAACCAAAACUUGACACCGCUUCAAAUUUUAAAAAAAUUACCAUUAAAUCGUGAUGCUUACGGGACAGAAACGGAAAAUCUGUGAGCCGGUACAGUCUGCUCAAGGGAGUCAAAGAGUUAAACUUAUAUGAUCAAAAUCAGGAGAAAUUCAACACUGAAUUCAAACACUAUACAAUAAAAUAGCAUUAUAUUAUGAAAUAGCUCUAGCCACAUGGUCAUACAGUAAUAGUCAUAGGAUGUUUGGGUUUUUUAGCUUUGUAAAUAUAUUUUUUUAAACGUUCAUAAAAAAAUGUUGUUUGUACAUUUAAAUUAUGGCGAUUUUGAAAAUGUGUCCUUAACUUUUAUAUUUUGAGUUGAAAACCCUUAUGGUGGGAGAGGAUCCAUGGGUAACUAUGACAGUAAAAAAAAAAAAAAGAACAACCUAAUAGUAAAACAAUGAAGAUACAAGAAUUGGAAAGCAGUUACACACUAACUGGUAGUCCAUUAUUUUAAGCUAUUAACAAUGUUUUAUUUUAUGAAAAUUGGCCCAAAGCUUUUCCAAAGUUACUGCCUGUUUUCUUAAUUGAAAAAUGGAUUUCAUUAAAAAAUUUUCCAACCCUUUAAGAGAACAAGCACAAUAAAUAAAACUAUUUCUUCUUCUUUAUUUUGAGGGCCCACGAUCAAUGAAUUGAUCAUUCUGGCUCUUUUAACGAAACAAGUGGAAAGUGUUGUCUAUUUGUCAAGACCUUUCUCAAAUAGGGAUCUUAGCCAAUUACUUAACAAUAAUAGAAAUGGUAGUAGCUAUAACAUGAAAGUUUUUGUCAAAAAGAAUUCAAAUAUGCAGGUUUUUCCUUGGAUAGAGUCUUCACUCAUGUCUGAGCUUUUUUUCUUUGGUUUAAUUUUUAUUGAAUGAAAUGAUUUUGAAAGAGGAAAUCCAAUAGAUAUGAAUAAUUUCUAUAGGAACCUCUGACAUUUUAUGUUUUUCAUCAAUUCUUUUACUUUCUAUAGAAUAUGAGCAGUGGUGAAAGCUGUUGAUGGGUUUUUUUUAAACAAAGUCAAAUAUAUAUUGGUAUUUUCUCUUUGCCAACAAAAACAAAAUAAAAUCAAUGCAGUAUG